AUGGUGACUUCAGGGUUAAAUUACAAGAACUGUGAAAUGGAGUGUGAAGGACAGGCGACAUUGGAAGUUAGUUCAAAGUUGAAACCAAAAUUGGGACCUGAAUUUGAUUGCUGUGACGAUGUGUUCAAUUUCUAUAAUAUAUAUGUCGCGAAAGCCGGAUUUGGCAUUCGGUGUUCUACAACGAGAACGUGCACAUUGACAGGAGAGGUAACAAGGAAGGAAUAUGUAUGUUGUAAACAAGGGUAUUCGUUGACAAGCACUGUUAGUCGAUUCAAUGAGGAACACAACCAUGACAUGACCACAGCUGAUAAAGUCCAUCUAUUGAGAUCUCACCGUAACUUAACAGGGGCGUGGGUGAAGAGGGGAUUGGGCAUGAUGUAG